UUGUAAAUCCUGCCGGGGAGGUCAGUGCACCUUCGUAUCCUGGGUACCUUCGAAUUGUGAGGUUCUUGGAUAAUUCUCUUGAUACAGUUCUAAACCGCCCUCCUGGGUUUCUUCAGGUUUGUGGCUGGUUGUACCCUCUGGUUCCUGAUAGAUCUCCAGUUCUCAAAUGUUCUGUGGGAGCCUACAUGUUUCCCGAUACAAUGUUACAAGCAGCAGGAUGCUUUGUGGGUGUGGUCUUAUCCUCUGAGCUACCAGAAGAUGAUAGAGAACUCUUUGAGGAUUUAUUAAGACAAAUGUCUGACCUUCGGCUCCAGGCCAACUGGAGUAGGGCAGAAGGAGAAAAUGAAUUUCAAAUCCCUGGAAGAACAAGACCCCCCUCUGACCAAGUGAAGGGAGCCUCUGGUAGUGAUGUGAGUCAGUUGGACCCUUCAUUGGGCCAAGGCAACAAGACUGUGCAUCAUAAAGGAAAACAUAAGAAAAAGACUAAAGAUACUUCAAAUGAAGAAGUUAAUCUGAGUAACAUUGUACCCUGUGAGCCAGCUUCAGAAGAAAGAGCAAAAGAAUUACCUGAAUGGAGUGAGAAAGUGGCUCAAAACAUUUUGUCAGGUGCUUCCUGGGUGAGUUGGGGUUUAGUCAAAGGUGCUGAGUUUACUGGCAAAGCAAUCCAGAAAGGUGCUUCCAAACUCCGAGAACGGAUUCAGCCAGAAGAGAAACCAGUGGAAGUUAGUCCAGCUGUCUCCAGGGGACUUUAUAUAGCCAAGCAGGCUACAGGAGGAGCAGCCAAAGUCAGCCAGUUCCUAGUUGAUGGAGUCUGCACUGUAGCAAAUUGUGUUGGAAAAGAAUUAGCUCCACAUGUUAAGAAGCAUGGAAGCAAACUUGUUCCAGAAUCUCUUAAAAGAGACAAAGAUGGAAAGUCUACCCUGGAUGGUGCUAUGGUUGUUGCAGCAAGUAGUGUUCAAGGAUUUUCAACUGUCUGGCAGGGAUUAGAAUGUGCAGCUAAAUGCAUUGUUGACAAUGUUUCAGCUGAAACAGUACAAACCGUCAGAUACAAAUACGGGCAUAAUGCAGGAGAAGCUACACAUCAUGCAGUGGAUUCUGCCAUCAAUGUUGGUGUAACUGCCUAUAAUAUUGACAACAUUGGUAUUAAAGCAAUGGUGAAGAAAACUGCAAAACAAACAGGGCAGAAAAUCCUUGAAGACUAUCAAAUAACUGAUGAUUCUCAGAGGGAAGGUGAAGGAGAAACAUCAAAUCCAAAUGUGAGAAAACAGAAAAAUGAAAAAGCAGCAAAGAAGGAAGAUAAAUGAUGGAAGUAGCAGAAACUACUUGUACCAAAGCCUUACCAAAUGGAAGAAAUUUUGUAAAAUAAGCAAAUGUGGAAUUCUUCACCGAUUAACCAGUAUUUUUU